CUCAACACAUACAUCUAAAAAACAUGGCCAAUAGGGGACUUUUUGUAGACAGAAACUCAAAUAUUCCAGCUGCAGGUUUAACCACUAUUGGAUUAGAUGACGAGGGAAAUGUUAAGCAUUGUUUAAGUAUCACAAAUCCUGAAGAAUUAGCCGAGAGUCUGGUGAAAACGAAAUGCGGACAGAUCAAGCAGGACUAUUACACCAUGCCAGCGGUGUCAGUAAUUCCCAGCAACAGCUUACGGGAUUUGUUGACCAGUGAGCUGAAAAAGUCCCGCUUUAUGUCCUUCAAGGAGAAGUUCUAUGAGGAGAUGUACUUCAAGAAACCGCACUUGGGCCAAGUUAGAAAAACUUUCUCCAAACCGGACAGCGUGAGCAACCACAGCCAAACCUUUGGAAGUCCAUCGAGCGCAGCUCCCUCGGAAUCCCUUUAUACAAUCGUAAUGCCAAAGAAGUCGGCGGAGCAAGUAAAUAAGGAGUACGAAGCGUUUCACGACAAGUACAUUAUCAGCCACAAUCACUACUUUCCAUCGGAGCAGGUAAAUCGAAGAUAUACCCAACCAUUUGAUCGAAACUCCCCUUGUGGAGAUUUUCAAAGCCUUGGCGACUUUGGACUGAAAGUGAAGCGAUGUCUUGAGGAAGGUGAAAAUCAUCUAAAGGUUAUUGGGAAGGCUCAAGUAGACUUUAUGAAUCGCACCGAAGCUCCCUUGGGAAAGAAAUUCAAAAAGUAUUCUUGUGCGGUUCCCGAUAUAACUUUUGGUACCCCUCUGCGCAGCAAUGGCGAUGUAAAGAUGAUACUUAAUAAUAUCGAACCGUGCGAUAAAAAUAACCGACUAUUGGACGCCAUCGCCUAUUUGAACAAGAAGCGACACAAUUUAAGAAAGCCACUUGACUUUCAUAUGCAUAGUCUGAGAACCUUACUGGAAAGCAGCGAUAACAAUAAAUCGGGACACUUGUCGCUGGCACGGAUCAUGGAAAUCCUAGCAAAGUUCCACAUCCACCUGGAUUUUACAAAAAUCCGUGUUGCCUUGUCUCAUUUUCAGAUGAUAAUCGACGAGGGUUGCGCCACGGAGCGUGUAAAUUAUGUGGAUUUCUUUCGGCUUCUCUCCAUUCAUGAGCCAAUGCCUAAAACAGGAAGUAUGUCCAAUGUGUCCGGUAUCAGUUGCAUGGACACCACUUAUCGAUCACUCUGCGAAGAUCGUCAAAAGAAGUGCAAUGAAGAUCGAAUAAUCAUGAACCAGAAACUCGAAGAGGAAAAAACCUGUGUAAAGGAUCUCGUAACCCCGGAUCUGUCAACAUUACGUGGCCUAAAACCCAGUGAUUUCUUCCGAUUGCGGCCCAAAGUGGAAAUCGAACGUAUCUUCCGAAGACUCGUCCCAAUGGAUAAAUUCGAGGCUAUUUGGCAGAGACUUAUGGUUCAGUUUAGGGAUCAGAAUGAAAUGGCAUCAGUCACUCAGUUUCGUACCGAGAUGCACAACAAAAUAGAAGAUCUAAUAAUGUCUAAUGUAUAA